CUCCAAGAACUACAUGUUUGAUUUUGUAUAUAUUGGAACUACAAGAGACUCAACAGUGACUGUUUCAUUAGCAGAAGAGUUUUCAAUUCCAAGUCCUUGAAUUCUCAUCUCCUGUGCUCAAUUUUAUCAAUACCAGGAAACAAAGAUGGACAAUUCUACCGAUAUGCUAAAUUAUGAUCCGUCAGCUACAACUGAUUAUGACCUGUCAGCUAUGACUGAUUAUGGCAAUUUCGUACAGCCGGUGUACAAUGAAGCUUCCAGUAAAUUUUAUUCCAAUUUGGUGCCACCACUUUACUCUUUGGUAUUCAUAUUUGGCUUUCUGGGCAAUGCACUUGUUGUACUGAUCCUCAUCAGAUAUAAGAAACUCAAGAGUAUGACUGAUAUCUACUUGCUCAAUUUGGCCAUUUCUGACUUGCUUUUCAUUUUCUCCCUCCCAUUUUGGGCAUACAAUGCAGCACAUGAGUGGAUAUUUGGAGAUGCAAUGUGCAAGAUCCUAUCAGCCAUUUAUGAUGCAGGCUUCUAUAGUGGAAGUUUCUUUAUCAUCCUUUUGACUGUUGAUAGAUAUUUAGCAAUUGUUCAUGCAGUGUUUGCAUUAAAAGCUAGGAGAGUUGUCUAUGGUGUCAUCACAAGUGGUAUCACAUGGGGUGUGGCAUUCCUGGUCUCUGUACCAGGGUUUAUAUUUGUCAAGAGCAAAAAAGAACUUAAGUGGACCUGCAGAUCUCAUAAUUCGGAAAAACUGAAGGAAUUUGUAACAUUAGUGACACUCAUUUUGGGACUUGUCAUCCCAUGGAGCAUUAUGGCCUUCUGCUACAUUCGAAUUAUAAAGAUUUUGAUUAAGCGUAGGAAUGAGAGGAAAGAGAAGGCAAUUAGGUUGAUUUUUGUGAUCAUGAUUGUUUAUUUUAUCUUCUGGGUGCCAUUCAACAUCGCCAAUAUGUUGUGCAUCUACCAAAAUACAAGAAGCUCUCAAGACAGCUUGGAUAUAGCAGUCCAAGUGACAGAAAUCAUUGCUAUGGUCCACUGUUGCAUCAACCCUGUGAUCUAUGCAUUCAUGGGGGCAAAUUUUAGGAAUUAUCUCUCUAUCAUUUUCCAAAAUCACAUAUCAGUUCCUCUAAGUAGGCUCUGUCCAGGACUUGAUCGCCCUAGUUUGGAUCAGUCUACUUCCACUUACACAACAAAAGAAAGUGACCUUUCUACAAGUUUGUAAUGCACCUUGUGUGAAUAUUUACCAUUCAUGAAACUGUUUGUUGAACUUCUGCUUUUCCUUUCUAUAUGUACUGAAGUUGAGUAAAAUCACACUUGCUACAUUGUUACACAGCAUUAAACUUUAUGA